CUUCGUCAAGUCACACAGCCACUCAGUGCACCAUCGAAUAUGCAGAUGUCGAGCGGUGAACUGGCCAGCCUCAUGUGCCGUACCUGGCCUCGAGUGUUCCUCGUCGAAGCCAUUGAGGCCUUCAUUGGUGGUGGCGUGGAGGGAGGCAAAUUCGUCAAGUUUCUGGGUGUAAUAUACACCAUGGAGGCUUCUGCAAGUCAGGGAGUCGUUCUUGUUGCCGUUGCAGUCUGCCUUCAGUCACUUAGCUGCUGUGGUGAGUCGCCCAUUACCUGGCCGGAUGCGCGUCACUUCACUGCGAAGGUCGAUCGGAAGCAAGGAAAUUCGGUCAUCCUCACAUGGCCCUUCAAAUCCUUUUCCUCUCAGGACAGCCUCAUCAGUUUUUCUGUAAAGAUCCUAAGCUUGCCAGAUGAAGAAGUUGCCUAUACUCGGAGUGGGUUGUCCUCCUACAAGUUCACGUUUAGAGCGAGGAGUAAACCAGCAGAAUACCUCGCAAUGGGAAAACUGCAAACAAGAUUUAAUAAAGAUGGCAUUAACGCCAACCUGACUUUCAAAGUAAACGCUGAAAUGUUCUUUGGAUCAACCGAUUUCCUUCCCAUUCAUGAGAUCCCUCAAGUCAGAGUUGUAGGAGAAGGGCCAUCCGUUGUCAUUCUGAGGGAUCGGUCAACACAAGGCUGCCAUCUGGUCAUCUACAAUUCGGACGCGGACGUCGACCGUUACUCGAUUGAAGCCACAAGGGAAUGUAAGGACAAAAAUCGUCCCAAGCUGGCUUUUGCACUACCGAUGAAGAAUAAAACUGACCCACUGCUACCUCACCUGAAGCUACUCGAUUUCCAAGUUCCACAUGACUUCCUAGAGGAUAUGCCUCCCUUCUACGUUACUUCCCACCCAAUUGUGGAGGGACCUCCUUUCGAACUUGACCCUCCACAGAGUAUCUACGGUGUUUUGAACCUCAUGUCGCCGUCGCACUGCCACCUCGUAUUGCGUUUUCGACCACCGGCCUCCAAUUCGAAGUUGAUAAAGAACUUUACAUUCACAUUUGGCCACUCACAAGAAAGCCUUGUGCUCAAAGUAGUCGAAGACACGGGGCGUCCAGACGAGAAGACAUUGGACGUCAUUACAACUGACCAGCUACAGAGGGCUCAACGAGACCCAGAAGUAUUUUUGGAAGUUUUUCCGAAAAGCGUGUUCGAAUAUCCAGGCAAUUACACCGUUAUUGCAAGCACAAACAACGCAACGCAGAAGCGGAUAGUUGUCCCUAUCAUAAUGCCCCAGUUCUUUCCUCGAGAGCCUGAAGGUCAAAGCAUUGUUGCUGAUGAUUGGGGCGUGAAUGUCAAGUGGGGUAAGCCGCGCCUCUUCGGGACCUCCUGUGUCUACACAGUGACCGCUGCGCCGAUUGAAGACGCUGGUCAGACGCGUGCAGUCCAGUCUGUCGGUCCAGCUCGUAAUGCAACAUUUCGAGGACUCUCUGGAUCAACUGACUACACAUUUACACUUCAGACCAACUGCACUGACGGUAAAGCCAUCUUAACGGAUUUGGGCACUUUUCGAACAAAUCCAGAAGUUCCUAGGGCUCCAGCAAACCUCAGGCUGAGUACGUCUACAAAGGGCACUCUUAACGUGACCUGGGAAGCCCCAUUAAAUCAGUGGGGUCACUUCAAGUACUUGUGGAGGUGCUACCACUCAAUGGGAAGUCAAAUGAGUAGGUACACAACUGAAACACACACCGACUUCCCAGUCGGGCCCGGCAAUAUUACAUGCAACGUUGCUGCAACCAACACCGAGAUGCAUUUUGAUAAAUGGGGUCCGCCGAGUCAAUCCGUUUCCUUCGUCGUGCCCGCUGGAGGGCUCCCGGUUGCACCAACAGUCGACAUCAGAAACGUUAAUGAAACUGCUGUUGAGCUGGAAUUGCUAUCGACAUUGAGGGAUGACGUUCUUGGCUUUAUAGUCAAGGUCGACUCUAGUCUCCAAAUAACUUUUUUCGUCAAUAAAGCAUUCGGACCAAUGAAUGUGAGACACCUUGGUAACUCGUUAAUUAAAGAAAAGCGUACGGGUGCUUCAAGUAUCCUACUUGCCAACCUGAUCCCGAAUAAGGAGCAUAAAGUCGAUGUUACGACGCUGUUUUAUGCAGCUCAAGAAACCACGGCCAAUUUCAUCAUCCAGUCUGCCCCAAAUCAAGAGUCUUCAAAUGCAUCGGAAGCACUUGUUCGGGCUUCAAAUAAAAGGUUUGCAAUACCUCAAUCUCUGCCGGACGACAGAGUUGAUGCCGGCAGUUCCACAGUGAAGAAACUCCAUGGUCUCUUCCCCCGAUUCCAGAAUAUCAACUCGGGCGCUGCAACAAACAUGACAACUGUGGGUGGACCACCAGUAACCAGCACAUUCAAGCCCCCACUUAAUUUGUCGAUCUCCAACCUCGGCCAAAACGAGAAUCAGCCCAUCAGAGUUGCAGCAGCCUUCGCUUCGAUCGAGGAAAUUGCGGUUGAACGUGCAGCGGAAGAAGAAAACAACAAAUCAGGCUUGAAGCAACAAACAAUGACUCCAUUGAUAGCCAUCUUCGCUAUUCUGUUAUCACUGCUGCUUAUAUCUUCAAUAGUUAUACUUUUCAUGCGGUGGCGCAAGAAAAACGCCAGCGCUAUGUUGAGGGAUAUCCCAGAGGCGGUGAUGGCUCCGACCUUCACAUUCAAAGCCGAUCAACAGAACCAGUCAGUCGAGUACGCGUAG